AUGGGGUGGCCGCUGGCUCGUCUGGUGGCCGUCUGCCUGGCCCUGACCCUGGCCAGGGGCUCAGAGCUCCAGAGAGGGCCCCGGCCCCGGGUCUCGCUCCCGUGGCGGCUCAGGAGGGCCCAGCCCUCGUGUGUGGGUGGGCGGUGGGAGGGGCGUCUGGAGUGGCAGUGUUGGGGGUCCGCACGGGGUGACACGGGGCCGGGGCCGCCGCACAGCUCGGGCAGGGGACCGGGCGGGCCCGGCUCACGUGUUCCCGCUGCUCCAUCCGAAGGCCGGCCCCGGAACCACGGCCACAACGUCUGCAGCACCUGGGGCGCCUUCCACUACAAGACCUUCGACGGCGAUGUCUUCCGCUUCCCCGGCCUCUGCGACUACAACUUUGCCUCCGACUGCCGGGACGCCUACAAGGAGUUUGCCGUGCACCUGCGGCGGGGCGCGGGCACCGACGGAACCCAGCCCCGGGUGGAGUCCAUCCUGCUCACCAUCAAGGACGACGCCAUCUACCUCACACACCAGCUGGCCGUGGUGAACGGAGCCAUGGUCAGCACCCCACACUACAGCUCCGGGCUGCUCAUCGAGAAGAACGACGCCUACACCAAGGUCUACUCCCGGGCUGGCCUGACCCUGAUGUGGAACCGCGAGGAUGCUGUCAUGCUGGAGCUGGACAGCAGGUUCCAGAACCACACCUGCGGCCUCUGCGGGGACUACAAUGGCCUGCAGACCUACUCAGAGUUCCUCUCCGAAGGCAUACGCUUCAGCGCCCUGGAGUUUGGGAACAUGCAGAAGAUCAACAGGCCAGGGGUGCCCUGUGAGGACCCGGUGGAGGAGCCAGCGCCCGAGUCCUGCUCUGAGCAUCGAGCGGAGUGCGAGAGGCUUCUGACCGCAGCGGCCUUCGAGGACUGCCAGGCCCGGGUGCCGGUGGAGCUGUACGUGCGCGCCUGCAUGCAGGACCGCUGCCAGUGCCCACCAGGGGGCGCCUGCGAGUGCAGCACCGUGGCCGAGUUCUCCCGCCAGUGCUCCCACGCCGGGGGCCAGCCGGGGAGCUGGAGGACAGAGUCGCUCUGCCCCAAGAGCUGCCCUGGGAACAUGAUUUACCUGGAGAGCGGCUCCCCCUGCAUGGACACCUGCUCACACCUGGAGGUCAGCAGCCUGUGUGAGGAGCACCCCAUGGACGGCUGCUUCUGCCCUGAAGGCACCGUGUACGAUGACAUCACGGGCGGUGGCUGCGUCCCCGUGAGCCAGUGCCACUGCCGGCUGCACGGGCGUCUGUACACGCCGGGUCAGGAGGUCAGCAAUGAGUGUGAGCAGUGCCUCUGCCACGCCGGCCGCUGGGUGUGCAAAGACCUGCUCUGCCCGGGGACCUGCGCGCUGGAGGGCGGCGCUCACAUCUCCACCUUCGACGGGAAAAAGUUCACCUUCCACGGGGACUGCUACUACGUCCUGACCAAGGUAGCCGCCCGGCGGGCGGCCAACUAUGCUGAGCACUGGUGCUCACUCCUGAGGAGGACUGAGACCCCCUUCGGCAAAUGCCACCUGGCCGUCGACCCCACGGAAUACUACAAGAGGUGCAAAUAUGACACGUGUAACUGCCAGAACAAUGAAGACUGCCUGUGCGCGGCCCUGUCCUCCUACGCCCGGGCCUGCGCGGCCAAGGGCGUCAUGCUGUGGGGCUGGCGGGAGCGUGUCUGCAACAAGGACGUGGACUCCUGCCCAACCUCCCAGGUCUUCCUGUACAACCUGACCACCUGCCAGCAGACCUGCCGCUCGCUCUCCGACGGGGACACCCACUGCCUCAAGGGCUUUGCGCCGGUGGACGGCUGCGGCUGCCCAGACCGCACCUUCCUGGACGAGAAGGGCCGCUGCGUGCCCCUGGCCAAGUGCUCCUGCUACCACCAUGGCCUCUACCUGGAGGCUGGAGAAGUGAUCCUGCGGCAGGAGGAACGCUGUGUUUGCCAGAAUGGAAGGCUGAACUGCAGGCAGGUCAAGUUGCUUAGCCAGAGCUGCAGGCCCCCGAAGACCCUCGUUGACUGCAACAACCUGACGGCUCCCGCCACGCAGAGCCCCCGCCCGCGGGGCUGCCAGGCGCUGGUGGCUGGCUAUUACCACACGGAGUGCGUCAGCGGCUGCGUGUGCCCCGGCGGGCUGCUGGACGACGGGCGCGGGGGCUGCGUGCCGGAAGAGGCGUGCCCAUGCAUGCACAACAAGGACCUGUACCUCCCGGGGGACCAGAUCAAGAUGGACUGCAACAACACCUGCACCUGCCAGAGAGGACGCUGGGCGUGCACGCAGUACGCGUGCCACGGCACCUGCUCCAUCUACGGGAGUGGCCACUACAUCACCUUUGACGGGAAGCACUAUGACUUCGACGGGCACUGCUCCUACGUGGCUGUGCAGGACUACUGUGGUCAGAACUCAACCGGCUCCUUCAGCAUCAUCACCGAGAACGUGCCCUGCGGCACCACCGGCGUCACCUGCUCCAAGGCCAUCAAGAUCUUCAUAGGCGGCACGGAGCUGAAGCUGGAGGACAGGCACCGGGUGGUGAAGCAGCUGGAGGAGGGCCGCCACGUGGCCUUCCUCACUCGGGAAGUGGGCCAGUACCUGGUGGUGGAGGCCAGCACCGGCAUCAUCCUCAUCUGGGACAAGAAGACCACGCUCUUCAUCAGGCUGGCUCCGUCCUACAGGGGCGCGGUGUGCGGCCUGUGCGGGAACUUCGACGGCCGUACCAACAACGACUUCACCACGCGGGACCACAUGGUGGUGAACAGCGAGCUGGACUUUGGGAACAGCUGGAAGGAGGCUUCCACCUGCCCGGAUGUGAGCAGCACCCCGGACCCCUGCAGCGCGAACCCACACCGCCGCUCCUGGGCCGAGAAGCAGUGCAGCAUCAUCAAGAGCCGAGUGUUCAGCGGGUGCCACAGCAAGGUGGACCCUACCGUCUUCUACGAGGCGUGCGUGCACGACUCCUGCUCCUGCGACUCCGGCGGGGACUGUGAUUGCUUCUGCUCGGCCGUGGCCUCCUACGCCCAGGAGUGCACCAAGGCCGAGGCCUGCGUCUUCUGGAGGACGCCAGACCUGUGCCGCUGCUACCCCCGGUGCCCGCAGGACAGACCCAUCUACGAUGAGGACCUGAAGAAAUGUGUCAGCGGGGACCAGUGUGGCUGCUACAUCGAGGACACCCACUACCCACCCGGAGCCCCCAUUCCCAGCGAGGACAUCUGCAUGUCCUGGUACACACCAACACCUACCACCCCACCAACCUCCACAUCCACCACUUCACCAACACCAACACCAACACCCACCACCCCUGAAACAACCACAUCCACUACUUCUCCAACACCAACACCAACACCUACCACCCCACCAACCUCCACAUCCACCACUUCCCCAAUACCAACACCAACACCUACCACCCCACCAACCUCCACAUCCACCACUUCUCCAACACCUACCACCCCACCAACCUCCACAUCCACCACUUCACAAACACCAACACCAACACCCACCACUCCAUCAACCUCCUCAUCCACAACUUCUGCAACACCAACACCCCCCAUCCCUGAAACAACCACCGUCACCACUUCUCCAACACCAAGAACUACGACCCCGCCAACCUCCACACCUUCCACCCCGAAGACUGCAACUCUGACCUCUCCCACCAGUACGGCCACCACCACAGGCACACCCUCCUCCAAGACCACCCCCACCGGCGGGACCCCGACUGAGUCGUCCGCAUCCACCCCCAGACCUCCCUCGACAGCCUCUCCCCCUCCGAGCACCCCGCGGACCACCAGCACCUCGGUCUCCUGGGGCUCUACAGGCACGGUCAGCCCGCUCACCUCCCCCAGCACCAGCUGGGUCAGCAGCGCCACGCAGAUCACCUGCUGCGUCCUGGACGAGAUGUUCUACGGCCCAGACUGCUGCCUCUGGUCUGACUGGGUCAACGAGGACCACCCCGAGAGUGGGAGAGAUGGCGGCGACCACGAGACAUUCACAAAUAUCUGCCCCGCUCCUGAAGACAUCGAGUGCAGGUCAGCCGUGGAGCCCCACCUCAACUUGACGGACCUCGGGCAGAAGGUGUACUGCAACGUCACACAUGGCUUUGCUUGCAAGAAUGAAGACCAGGUAGAAACACUAUUUAAUCUCUGUUAUGACUACGAGAUACGAGUCAAGUGUUGCUGGCCAGAAGAAUUCUGUGUGACGAGCACCUCACCUACAACUGUGACCACGAGAACCACCACCACAACAACCACCACCACAUCCACCACUCCACCAACAUCCACCCCACCAACCCCCACCACUUCACCAACACCAACGCCAACACCUACCACCCUAUCAACCUCCACAUCCACCACUACACAUACACCAACACCAACACCUACCACCCCACCAACCUCCACAUCCACCACUACACCAACACCAACGCCAACACCUACCCCCACCACUUCACCNNACCCACAGGUGAACGAGACCUGGUGGUUGUGCGAAUGCUACAUGGCCACGUGCAAGUACAACAACACGGUGGAGAUCGAGAAGGUGGAGUGUAACCCCCCGCCCAAGCCCACGUGCUCCAACGGCCUGCCGCCGGUGCGCGUGGAGGACCCUGACCACUGCUGCUGGCACUGGGAGUGCGACUGUUACUGCACCGGCUGGGGUGACCCGCACUACAUGACCUUCGACGGCUUGUACUACAGCUACCAGGGCAACUGCACCUACGUGCUGGUGGAGGAGAUCUCCCCCACCGUGGACAACUUCGGGGUGUACAUCGACAACUACCACUGCGACAUCAACGACAAGGUGUCCUGUCCCCGCACGCUCAUUGUGAGGCACGAGACCCAGGAGGUGCUCAUCAAGACCACGCAGAUGACGCCCAUAAAGAUGCAGGUGCAGGUCAACAAGCAGGCCGUGGCGUUGCCCUUCAAGAAGUACGGGGUGCAGGUGUACGAGUCCGGCAUCAACUUCAUGGUGAACAUCUCCAGGCUGGGCGCGCUCAUCUCCUACAAUGGCCUGUCCUUCUCCAUCAGGCUGCCCUACCAGCUGUUUGGCAACAACACCAAGGGCCAGUGCGGUACCUGCACCAACAACACUGCGGACGACUGCAUGCUGCCCAGUGGAGAGGUCAUCUCCGACUGCGAGCUGGCCGCCGACCAGUGGGUGGUGAACGACCCCUCCAAGCCACACUGUCCCCACGCGGGCUCCACCACCGAGCGCCCGUCCACCACCACUUCAGGACUCAAAACGCCCCGGCCCAAGGACUGCCCCGGCUCUCCGCUCUGCCAGCUCAUCAAGGACAGCAACACCAACGCAUACCACCCCACGAACCUCCACAUCCACCAUUUCACCAACACCUACCACCCCACCAACCUCCACAUCUACCACUUCACCAACACCAACGCCAACACCUACCACCCCACCAACAUCCACAUCCACCACUUCAACACCAACACCAACACCUACCACUCCAUCCACCUCCACAUCCACCAUUUCUCCCACCCCACCAACCACCACCCCACAAACAUCCACAUCCACCACUUCCCCAACACCAACAUCAACACCUACCACCGCACCAACCUCCACAUCUACCACUUCACCAACACCAACACCAACACCUACCACCCCACCAACCUCCACAUCCACCACUUCUCCAACACCAACACCUACCACCCCACCAACAUCCACAUCUACCACUUCAACACCAACACCUACCACCCCACCAACAUCCACAUCCACCACUUCUCCAACACCAACACCCACACCAUGGCGUGCCCGGCUCACAGGGAGUACCAGGCCUGCGGUCCCAUGGAAGAGCCCACCUGCCAGUCCAGGUAUGCGCAGGAGUCCCCGAGCCUGGUGGAAGGCUGCUUCUGUCCCGAAGGCACCAUCAACUACGCCCCUGGCUUUGACGUUUGCGUGAAGACGUGUGGUUGCAUGGGACCCGACAAUGUGCCCAGAGAGUUUGGGGAGCACUUCACAUUCGACUGCAAGGACUGCGUCUGCCUGGAGGGGGGGAGAGGCAUUGUCUGCCAGCCCCGCGUGUGCAGCCAGAGCGGCCCCUCCCAGUGCACAGAGGAUGGCACCUACCUGGUCACCGAGGUCAACCCGGCCGACACCUGCUGCAGCGUCUCCUCUUGCAGGUGCAACACCAGUCUGUGCCGGGAGGAGCCCCCCGCUUGCCUGCUGGGCUUCGAGGUGAAGAGGAGGGUCGUACCUGGACGGUGCUGUCCAGUCUACUCCUGUGUGCCCAAGGGAGUGUGUGUGCACCAGAACGCGGAGUACCAGCCUGGCUCUCCAGUGUACUCCUCCAAGUGUGAGGACUGCGUGUGCACCCACGCCGUGGACAACAGCACCCAGUUCAACGUCAUCACCUGCACCCACGUGCCCUGCAACAGCUCCUGUAGCCCUGGCUUUGACCUCGUGGACGUCCCUGGCGAGUGCUGCAAGAAGUGCCAGCAGACGCAGUGUGUGGUGGAGAGGCCCAACGGCCAGUUCAUCAUCCUGGAGCCCGGGGAAACGCAGGCAAACCUGGACGACAAGUGUACCUUCUUCAGCUGCACGAAAAUCAACAACCAGCUCACCUCCUUCGUCUCCAAAAUCAUGUGCCCUGAGUUCGACAGCAGCAGCUGCGUCCCGGGCUCCAUCACAUUCAUGCCUAAUGGGUGCUGUAAGACAUGCAUCCCCCGCAAUGAGACCGCAGUUCCCUGCUCCACCAUCCCGGUCACAAAGGAGAUCUCCCAAGAUGGCUGUGCCAAGAAUGUCAGCAUGAACUACUGCUCCGGGUCCUGUGGGACGUUUGCCAUGUACUCAGCCCACGUGCAGUCCCUGGACCACAAAUGCUCUUGCUGUAAGGAGGACAGGACCAGCCAGCGCCAGGUGAUCCUGGACUGCCCCGACGGCCGCUCGCUGGCGCACACCUACACGCACAUCGAGAGCUGCCUGUGCCAGGACACCAUCUGCGCGCUGCCCCAGCCCCGGCAGAGCCGGGCCCGGCGCUCCAGCCCUCAGCUGCUGGGAAGGAAAUGA